AUUAUAAAAUGAACAUUUCUGAAAUUAUUAAAUAUUUAAUGCUUUGUAUAAUAAUUUACUAUACGGUAUGUAUACAUCUGUCAACCACGCCCCCUUUGGUAAAAAAAUUUUUUCUUUCGAUGCUUUUCUAGUCUUUGUUUUUAAUACUCACAGACGUGUCAGGCACGCGCAUAUACCAACAUCGCGACAAAAGGCUGUCGCCUUUAAACCACCAGCUGUAUAUUGACUGAGAAUUACACUUGUUGGGCUGCUCGACGAUGUUCAAAAAUUUGAAGAAGAAACUUGAACAAGGGGUGGCUCAAACUUCUCUCCGAGCCGCAGCUGCCGUGUCGGCCAUCUCCAAGGCUGAUGAUCAAAAUUCAACCUUCUCUAAUGCGGAAAAAAAAGAAACAUACGAUGUGGGAAAACCCCUUGCAGAGAGCACUCCACAAAAAUCGUCCACUCAAGGAAGUGGUAAUGGAGAAUUUGUAUCCCCUGUGCUAAACAGCAUCAGCACAGCUCCUAAAGAUGCUAAGUUUAGUGAUAUACCUGUUGGACAGCUUGUGGAUAUUCCUCUUGAAGGUGCUGGAGAGAGCUUAUAUGAGACUGCAUCUGAUGCUGAAUCUGUGAGGGGGGAUGAAACCCCCAGAGGACCUCGCUCAAGAACUUCAUCAGUCAGCUCUGUCACUAGUGACAGCUCAUUUUUCCAAGUUCCUAACUUUUCAUCGCAUUAUGUCAUUCCAUCUGAUGUGGAAAGUGAGAUGGAGGAGAGUUCCUCUGAUCUUAGUGGAAUAAGCAAAGAGGAUCUGUACACUUAUGUUAAAAAGUUUGAGCGCCGUGCUUUUAAGUACAAGUCCAAAUUUAUGGAUCUGGUCAGUCAUUAUAAGGAGAUUUUGGGAGAACGUGAGAAAUUGAAGAGUACCCUAACCCAGUCACAAGACCGUGCAUUUAGGCGCAUGUCAGAGUUGCGGGAACAGCUGCAGUUAGACCAGAUUGCCAAAAGAGAUCUUGAAGACAACUACCGCCUGCUGCUGGAUGAGCGAAAUGAAUAUGUCAAAGUUUGCAAACACAGGUAAAACUUUUAAAGGAAGGAAAGGAUAUUCCACCAGAACUAGCAGAAAAGAUUCAGGCUAGCAAAGUAAAAGCGGAGACUGCUCUACAAGAUUCUACACCAAAGGCAGCAGGAGGAAACUUGGAGCAGAUGGAAC